AUGACAGCCCUCCCUCCUUUCGGUGAUGCCGUCCCCCUCGGCGACCCCGCCUGGUACCAGGGCCUGAACACUCCGUUCUACAAGCCCACGCAUGCGGCUUGGCGGAAGUACGUGCGGGACUACUGCGAGGAGGUUUUGGAGCCGGUGCUGGAUGACUGGGAGCAGUGCGCGUACAUGCACCAGACCUACGCCGAAGGCGGCAAGCGGGGAAUUCUGGCUUGUGCCGUGGGCAAGCCUUGGCCCAAGGAUUACACGAACUGCACAGCACCGGAGGAUUACGACAACUUCCACGAGCUCAUUGUAAUCGAUGAGACCACGCGCAUCAGCGGCGGCAUCUCUUGGGCGGUGCUCGGGGGCUUGAGCAUCGGCCUGCCUCCGGUAGUGAACUUCGGAGUUCCGGGCGACCGAGAUCUGCAAGCGCGAUGCAUCAGGGAGUGCCUCAGCGGGGAGAAGGUCAUCUGCCUCUGCAUCACGGAGGCCUCCGCAGGAAGUGAUGUUGCCGGCUUGGCGUGCCGUGCGGAGGAU